AUGGAGCUCCCCUCAGCCUCUCCCUGCAAAGGGCACAUCCCAUGGCAGGGGCUCCUGCUCACAGUUUCACUUUUAACCUUCUGGAUCCCACCCCCAACUGCUCAGCUCACUAUUGAAUCAGUGCCCUUCAAUGCUGCUGAAGGACAGGACGUUCUUCUACUUGUCCACAAUAUGACAGAGAAUCUUCUAGCCUAUCACUGGUACAAAGGACAAGGAGUGCUCAACAACCCACUCAUUAUAUCACAUAUAAAUUAUACUCAAGUAAAUAUCUCAGGGCCUGCAUACAGCGGUCGAGAGAUAUUAUUCCCCAAUGGAUCCCUACUGUUCCAGAAUGUGACGCUGGAGGAUGCAGGAUACUACACACUACAAACCAUAGAUAUAAGUUUCAUCACUGACCAAGCAUUGGGACAGUUCCAUGUAUACUCGGAGUUACCCAAGCCCUCUGUCACAAGCAACAACUCCCACCCUGUGGAGGACGAGGACUCUGUGGCAUUAACAUGUGAACCUGAGACUCAGGACACAACCUACCUGUGGUGGGUAAAUGGUCAGAGCCUCCAGCUCAGUUCCAGGCUUGAUCUGUCCCCGGACAACAGGACUCUCACUUUACUUAGUGUCAUGAGGAACGACACAGGACCCUAUGAGUGUGAAACCCAGAACCCAGUGAGCACUGGCCGCAGUGACCCAGUCACCCUGAAUAUUUCCUAUGGCCCGGACACGCCCACCAUUUCCCCCCCAGACUCAUCUUACCGUACAGGAGCAACCCUCAGCCUCUUCUGCUACGCGGCCUCUAACCCACCCGCACAGUAUUCGUGGCUUAUCAAUGGGAGACCCCAGCAAUCCACACAAGAGCUCAUUAUCCCCAACAUCACUGUGAGUGAUAGUGGAUCCUAUACCUGCCUUGCCUAUAACUCUGCCACAGGCCUCAAGAGGGCCACAGUCAAGACGGUCACAGUCUAUGAUAAUCCAGUAACAGGAAGUUCUCCAGGCAUUUCAGCUGGGUUGCUUGUUGGCAUCGUGAUUGGAGUACUGCCGGGGUGGCUCUGA